GUUAUGUUCCCCACCACUGAGGGGCGGAAGUACGUAUCAAGUAUUGAGCUGAGAAAACAAAUAAGCAGGAACUGCGGCUGUUGAGAGAUGGAUGAGCUCGUGCACGACCUGGCCUCUGCACUGGAGCAGACUUCAGAACAAAACAAACUGGAGGAGCUGUGGGAGGAGAUGGUGCUGAGUCCACUGCAGCAGAGGAGGCAGAUCCGCAGGAGGCGGGGCAGGAAACGACGCUGUGACUCCUCCCACUCCCUGGAGCACGCCCGCUGCUUCAGCGAGGCCUCUGAGUCCAGUCUGGACGAAGCUGCCAAGGACUGUCGGGAGAACGCUGCCGCGGCCGCCAACUUCAGUGACUCGGACGACAUGAUCGUGGCCAAGAGGCGUCCCUCUUUCUCCUCCUCCCUCAAAAACAAGCAGCACUCCUGGCCCGAGUCGGACUCGUUCACCGAGAACACGCCGGGCCGACCCCUGAGAAGGAGGCGGAAGGUGAAACGGAUGACCUCUGAUGUUACAGUCAGCCUCCAGCAGAAAUUAAAAGUGUCUGAGCUGGACACUGAAAGGAGCGGGAACCAUAAAUCUGCCAAAAAGCAGCGGCUCUCCAAGUUAAAGAAGAGCGUUCCCUGGACAACCGCCCAUGAGUCCUUGAGUAAUAGAGGCUUCAUUAAUGAGGAGGGGUGUAAGGAGAAAAUUAUGUUUGAAGCAGAAGAGCAGAAGGAAGCCUCUGAUGAAAAUAUGUCAGAAUGUGAAACAAGUAGUGUGUGUAGCAGUGACCCUGGACUCUUUACAAAUGAUGAGGGGAGACAAGGAGAUGACGAGCAGAGUGAUUGGUUCUUUGAGGGAGAGUGUGGCUCUGGAAUUGGAGUCCCUAGCCUUCUUCCCAACUGGGAAACAGACUCCCAGACAGAGCUGGGACACCUGGAUUCUGGAUUGGAGAAGCUUUCAUCCCCAACAUUCCUCCAGCCCUCUCGACCUCCACAGAGAGCAGGUUAUCAUGCACGCUUAAACCGCCUGCCAGGCGUGGCUGCUCGUUGUAUCAGGAAGGGAAGAAGAAGGCUGCCUGGCAGGGACAGUGGUGUUGCAGCCUUGUCUGCGGAAAGAAUAAACCACUUUUCACAAGACCCUUAUCAAAAAGAUUUUUGGUUACCAUCGAUAGGAAAAAGAGACUGGCACCAGUUUAACCCCUUGUCUUCCUUGUAUCCAGUGGAUGUGGUUACAGAUGGCUGCCACCGGAGGUGCUCUUCCUCACUGUGUAAAAACAGACAGACAAGCGUGCAUCUGGGAUUGCUGUGCACCGGCGACAUAAAAAGAAGAAGAAAAACGACCGCAGCUCCUAGUUCUGCAGCAGCUUGUAUUCCCUUCCAUGAGGAGAGUUUGGGAAAAGCUGCAGAGGGUGCUGGACACCAUCGUAGUCCUUUAAGCCUGGAGUCCACCAGAGGGGGAGGACCUUCAAUGUCUGAGAAGCCGGAUUUUAUCAAGCCAGCCAGUUUCUUCAAAUCACGGCGGGAGCAGGAGCACGACUGAAACGUGUUUCUCCUUACCAGCCUGGUUAACCUUUUCUAGGUCACAAUCAAAGGCAUACUGUAGGUGCUGUACAUAUAACUUCCACAGGACCUAAAGAGAGAGGAAACACGUUUUGUCUUUUAAAUUACCGGAGGGCAUUAAACCUAUAAAUGCACCCCAGUUCAAUCAGCACAGCUAAUAUUGUUCUUUACAUAUGUUUAGCAGUGGUGGAUAGCGACCUCCUGUCAAAAUAGCACUGUGUAAAUGGCACAGUGUAAAUAGCAGGAUGGCGAGGUUCCUAAGACUACCAUUUUAAUAAAAAUGAGAUGUUUUUAAAAUGUUUUAGUGUUUUUGCUAGUGCAACUCUUACACUCCAGAUAUGAGUGUAGGGUGCAUUUGGAAAUGCACAAUGAAUUAGUGCUUUGUGGUUUUCUCUCCUUUGGGGGUCUUAUUCUAUAUUUCAGGUUCAAACAUAAAAGAAAAUAAGUGGAAAUACUAAAUAUGUUAUGCAUGUGUCCAAGUUCUCCUGUAUAGUCGGACCACCUGUCUAUAGUGACUACUAAUUUCCAUGUUAUGUAUUUCAUGUGUUAAAAUCAGCAGGACUUAAAGACUGCUUUGUGCAACCCAUGAGUGGUGGCUAAAGGCAGGUUUGACUGCAACAGAUAUUUUAACCGUGGUUUGCACAGUAUAGCAAAUUGAAUGGUUUUGUUUGUGUGGCCAGGCCAUGUCAAAAUUUCCAGUAUCCUCUUGCAGUAUAUUCAAGUUUAUAAAUUAUGUAAAUAGUACAACAGUAUCAAGAUACAGUACAAUACUGUAUCAUUCUUUGCAUUGGAUGAACUCUGCUUACUUUUCCAUGGGGGAUAUAAUCUACUGUAUCCACGACUCCCUCUACGUAGAAUUGGGGUCUAGUGUUCAGUCUGUUUAAAUACAGCAUCUGCUGCCAAAAGCAGGCUUCCUGAGUCAUUUAUGAAAACACUAUAUCAAAAAAACAUUGCUGACAUUUGCUAGACUAUGCUGUAGAGCGCCACCUCUAAGAGAGGAGUCAUGGAAACGCAUUCUCAGUAAGUCACAGGUUGAGUGAGCCGAGCAGGUCUCUGUUCCCAAAAGGUGUGCUUGAGCUGGCCAGUGGUGGUAGAACAAGUAGGAAUCAUGGGCUUCCCAAAGGCAAUUAGCAGUCACAUUGGUGAUGCCUUUAUUGCAAUAACAUCACCUGCAUAUUCAGGGAAAGGAUUUCCAGUCAACGGAAUGGAAUCGCAGUGUGUAGGAAGUUUGGAAGUGUCUCAUGGUUGCAGUCAGUUGCCUGCCCUGUUAUAGUUAAGAAAUCCAAAGGCCUGAUAAAACUCAUAUUUCAUUCCCUGUAAGGAUUACCUGUCAGCGGAAAAAGAGAUGUAUUGAUCUGUUUUCCUUUUUAAAGCAGCAAUCACCUGACAACGGCACCUAGAAAAGCAUGACUGAGUGAUGCCCACAGCGUAACCCACUGUGGAGGUGCUUCAAAUGACCCGGAGACAAAGAAAGAUAAUGCAGCUAUAAACUCAACGUGAACUUGGGAAAUACACAAGACUGUUUCAUACUCUGACAGUGUCUCAGACCAGGUCUCUGGCUGUGUCUCAGACCUGGUCUCUGGCUGUGUCUCAGACCAGGUCCCUGGCUGUGUCUCAGACCAGGUCCCUGGCUGUGUCUCAGACCAGGUCCCUGGCUGUGUCUCAGACCAGGUCUCUGGCAGUGUCUCAGACCAGGUCUCUGGCUGUGUCUCAGACCAGGUCUCUGGCUGUGUCUCAGACCAGGUCUCUGGCUGUGUCUCAGACCAGGUCUCUGGCUGUGUCUAAGACCUGGUCUCUGUCUGUGUCUCAGACCAGGUCUCUGGCUGUGUCUCAGACCUGGUCUCUGGCAGUGUCUCAGACCAGGUCAGCUACUGUAUCCGCCAUGGGACAUCUGAAAUUUCAAAGCCCAAGUUAAAAAAAUAUAUAUAUAUUUUUUCAUUUUUGCAUUAAACGUUGAUUAGAAAUCGAUGCCAAAAUGAUUAUUUUGACAUUCAAAAUGGAUGCAAAGAAAAGCUAAUAUACAAACUUGUUUUACUGAACGUUUAAUGAAUGUAUUAUAAUGUAAACUUGGGUUUACUGAAGGAUGCACUUGUUUUUGUAAGUAACUGCUUCUUGCUAAGUAAUCCAGAUUUAUAUUUGGGGCAGGAAGUUCUUUUUCUGAGACCAUCCCUCCAAACACAAUUGUACUACUGGUCAUGUUUUUGCUUGUUGAAAACAAAGUUUGCUUCUACUCAACUGACAUUGAGUUGUUGGUGCUGCGUCAUAUUCCUCUUUUAUACUGGACUUGAUCUUUUUUUUCAUACAAGGGAAUAUGUUCCUUCAGCAAGUAGGUUUAACUGUUGUACACUUGUUGAGUAAUUAGCCUUACAGAUUACAGUACUAUCAGAAUUUAUUUUUUCCAUGGACACAAAAUGAUGGAAGAGUAGAGGAUAAACAAGUGAAGGCUCUCUUGAACUCCAUUGCAAUAAAAUACUAACGUUGUUGCAACUUAUUUGAAUACAGUGACAUUGUGACCCUUUUACCAAGCUGAAUAUUAGCCUUUGAUCAAAAUAUAACAAUUCGUUACCAUUUUCACCAAAAAUUACAAAUACAACUUGUGAAUGUAAGGUUGUUUCUUUGGAAACUGCCACAAGGUAGUUCUACAGAACACAUACUUGUUUUAUAUAUUUUUUUUAAAUGUAAAUGUUUAUUUUAAAUUUAGUUGAACCGGUAUUAAGCUGUUAUUCAGUGUAGUUGAAAUGGAAUAACUUUUAGGAACACGGCAAGUGUUUCAUUUCUGACUCUGUAAUAAGCUAGUUCGAGAAGACUAGCAUUUUGUAUAAUGUAAUGUACAGCACAGUAAGCUAUUCUAGUAUUGUAGCAUUCUUUCCAGCUCUGGAGGGAUGACUCAUACUAAAAUAGGGGACGCUUUACAGUAUUAUACAGCAAUUCGUGGUGGUCUUAUUGCACUCAAUAUUCCUAACCCCUCCAAAAGUUACACUCCCAUCAUUACACCUGACUCUAAGGCAUUCCCGUGCUUGGGUAAUGGAUCCUUUAUAAUUAAACUGAAGUCCAAGGUAUUCCGGUUGGUACUGCUAAAAUCACAGGGGCAUUACGCCACACACAUUUCCAAUUAGGCUGUCCAGGGUGGCUAAUAUUACUGCUUGGUAUUCCUUCUAUAAUGGAGGAGGGUCCUUAGGCAGCUAACCCUUGCAGUGAAUAAUUAGCACAACCAUAUCUUGUUAUCUUAAUAAUUUUAGCUAUGAAAGCAUGCUUAAUUGCUAUGUUGCUAUAAACUUAUUACUUGAAGAAUGUUCCCUGCCUUGAAAGCUUACUGUAUGUAUUAGUCAGUGUUAAAUGUAUUACAGUAUUAACACUGAUAUAAAACAUCUGUUCAUGUUUUAAUUCCCAUCUUUAAUGCUAUGAAUCCAGUAACUUACAGACUUAAUAAUUUUGUAGCAAUGUAAAUUAUCUUGUAACCUCUAAUAGGGGCCCACAAUGAGAGGCAAAAGAACGUUUUAAAUCAGGCAUCUGAAAUACUGUAAAAAACAAAAAAAAAAAAGAAGUACAGCAGUAGCAAAAGGCAAUGACGUGUAAAUUAUUGAGUAAUAGUUUAAAACUGGAACUUUAAAGAUGAUUCAAAAGGGUUAUUUCAUGCAGCAUUAGUGUGCAAAUGCUUAAUGAAUAGCACCCUAAUUGUUUUGCUUGUGGGAACUAUAUACUGUACAGUAAGUCCCAAUUAAACAUGCUCCUGUAUGUAUCUUCAGAUCCUCUUUAGAAAACUGUAUUGUUCAGUCAAGUGUUUGUUAAUGUUGCACAUGUAUUCACAUGUAACCGUACAGAAAUGUCCCAGGUGCAGCAGGCUAUAGUGCCUGCUCAUGUUCUAGAGUGUAACUGGAUUCGCCCAGACUCCUGGUUGUCUACAGCUCAUGGCAUGAUUACUGUGUUGAACCAAUUUCUAAAAGCUAAAUAUUUAAAUGUAUGCUAUAAAUUCGAUUGGAGAUUUUCAUAUUUUAACGUGGAUUAUUGUAACCCCCCUAGUUUUUAGAAUUUACAUUUUUACACCAGUAAAACUUUGACUUGACAGUUAUGGUUUCUGAUGAGUCAUUUACUUAAAUAUGUUAUUUUUGUAAAUAUAAACUAAGAUACAAACGUCCAGUAACUAAUAAGUAAGAUGUUUUACAAAAUGAUGAUUUUAAUAUUAUUUUAAAUGAGGUAUUUUAGGUUAUUUAGGCUGUGACCUAAAAAAAUACCAGUGGAUAAUGUAAUAAUUUUAAGCUCCUAAAUUUGUAAGGUGGUUAUGCUGAGUUUAGUACCAAAUCGUUUGAUAGAUGGUUGAAGUCUGACUUCAGUCCAUCGUAGAUUGAAGAUGUUAUGCAAAAUGGAUUUCUGUAAAACGCUGAGAUAAGCACACUAAAAGGCACCUUGACUUCUUGAACUAUAGCCUUAGAAUGGUAACAUGUUUGAGGAACACUAACAUUGCAGGUAUUUAAAAAAAAAAAAAUUAUCUACUUUGUACAAAAACAGGAAAUAUGUGUGCUGUUUCUUCCUAGUCUGGAUGUUUUGUACCUUUUCCAUACAUUGUAUAGAUCCUUAAAUAUAAAUGGAAGUAGUUUAUAAAACAAACAUGUAUUCUGCCAAUAAACACCCUGAAGUAUUCAUCUGA